GCCGUUGUGAGUCAGCUCUCUGCUCUGAGUUCAAGUUCAGCUGACAGACAGCAGGGGGCGCUCUGCUGUGGAUCAGUGGGACAGACCAGAGGAGGGAGUCUCUCCUCUGAAACCUCUCUGUGUGAAGACCAAGAAGCUCUGAGGUUCAGGAUGGAGAAGAAGAGUCCAGACUCUGCUGAACCCAGCCGUGUGUCCAUGAAGAGUGACCAGUCUAUUGACUGGCUCAUCACCUUUAAACAACCUACAGAAGGAAGUGUCAGGAUGGAGAAGCAGAGCCCAGACUCUCCUGGUCCCAGCUGUGUGUCCAUGAAGAGUGACCGCUCUCUUGCCCAGCCUAUCAACUUCAAACAACCUACAGAUGGAGGUGUUGGGAUGGAGAAGCAGAGCCCAGACUCUCCUGGUCCCAGCUGUGUGUCCAUGAAGAGUGACCGCUCUCUUGCUCAGCCUAUCAACUUCAAACAACCUGCAGAUGGAGGAGCUCAGCUGGAACCAUCAGAGUUCUUCAGAGAUCAGUUCAAACAGCAGAAACCAGAGCUGGACUCCAUAUUUAUGCUGCUGGAGGAGAACAUUAUCAUCUUUGUGAAGAAGGAACUGAAGAGAUUUCAGAGGGCUCUGUGUCAGGAUAACCCAGAAUGCCCCAGUGAGGAUGAGGAGGUGUUGGUUGGUGAAGAUGAAGAGCAGAGGAGCAGAGAGGCUUUUCUGAAGAUCACAGAGAACUUCCUGAGGAGAAUGAAGCAGUACGAGCUGGCUGACUGUCUGAGGAACAGAUCUCCUGCUCCAGUUUGCCAACAGAAACUCAAGUCUAACCUGAAGCAGAAGUUCCAGUGUGUGUUUGAGGGGAUCGCUAAAGCAGGAAACCCAACCCUUCUGAAUCAGAUCUACACAGAGCUCUACAUCAUUGAGGGAGGGACUGGAGAGGUCAGCGAGGAACACGAGGUCAGACAGAUGGAAACAACAUCCAGGAAAGCAGACAGACCAGAAACUACCAUCAGACAGGAAGACGUCUUUAAAGCUCCAGCUGGAAGAGAUGAGCCAGUCAGAACAGUGAUGACGAAGGGCGUGGCUGGCAUCGGGAAAACAGUCUUAACCCAGAAGUUCACUCUGGACUGGGCUGAAGGCAAAGCCAACCAGGACAUCCAGUUCACAUUUCCAUUCACUUUCAGAGAGCUGAAUGUGCUGAAAGAGAAAGAGUUCAGCUUGGUGGAGCUCAUUCAUCACUUCUUUACUGAAACCAAAGAAGCAGGACUCUGCAGGUUUGAGGACUUCCAGGUGGUCUUCAUCUUUGAUGGUCUGGAUGAGUGUCGACUUCCUCUGGACUUCCACCAAACUAAAAUCCUCUCUGAUGUCAGAGAGUCCACCUCAGUGGGUGUACUGCUGACAAACCUUAUGAGGGGGAACCUGCUUCCAUCUGCUCGCCUCUGGAUAACCACACGACCUGCAGCAGCCAAUCAGAUCCCUCCUGGGUGUGUUGACAUGGUGACAGAGGUCAGAGGGUUCACUGACCCUCAGAAGGAGGAGUACUUCAGGAAGAGGUUCAGAGAUGAGGAUCAGGCCAGCACAAUCAUCUCCCACAUCAAGACAUCCCGAAGCCUCCACAUCAUGUGCCACAUCCCGGUCUUCUGCUGGAUCACUGCUACAGUUCUGGAGGACCUGCUGAAGACCAGAGAGGGAGGAGAGCUGCCCAAGACCCUGACUGAGAUCUACAUCCACUUCCUGGUGGUUCAGACCAAAGUGAAGAACAUCAAGUAUGACAGAGGAGCUGAGACAGAUCUACACUGGAAUUCAGAGACCAGGAAGAUGAUCGAGUCUCUGGGUAAGCUGGCUUUUGAGCAGCUGCAGAAAGGAAACCUGAUCUUCUAUGAACCAGACCUGAGAGAGUGUGGCAUGGAUAUCAGAGCAGCCUCAGUGUACUCAGGAGUGUUCACACAGGUCUUCAGAGAGGAGAGAGGACUGUACCAGGACAUGGUGUUCUGCUUCAUCCAUCUGAGUGUUCAGGAGUUUCUGGCUGCUCUUCAUGUCCAUCAGACCUUCACCAACUAUGGAGUCAAUCUGAUGGAAAAAGAACAAACAACAUUCUGGAUCUCUAAAAUCUUUAGAGACAGGCCUAAACUGGGACAUCUCCAUCAGAGCGCCUUGGACCAGGCCUUACAGAGUCCUAAUGGACACCUGGACCUGUUCCUCCGCUUCCUCCUGGGUCUGUCACUGACCACCAAUCAGAAUCUCCUACGAGGUCUGCUGACACAGACAGGAAGUGACUCAAAGACCAAUCAGGAAACAGUCCAGUACAUCAAGAUGAAGAUCUACGAGGAUCUGUCUGCAGAGAAAAGCAUCAACCUGUUCCACUGUCUGAAUGAACUGAAGGAUCGUUCUCUAGUGGAGCAGAUCCAACAGUCCCUGAGAUCAGGACGUCUCUCCACACAUUAUCUGUCUACUGCUCAGUGGUCAGCUCUGGUCUUCAUCUUACUGUCAUCAGAAGAAGAUCUGGACGUGUUUGACCUGAAGAAAUACUCUGCUUCAGAGGAGGCUCUCCUGAGGCUGCUGCCAGUGGUCAAAGCCUCCAACAAAGCUCUACUGAGUGACUGUAACCUCUCAGAGAGAAGCUGUGGGGCUCUGUCCUCAGUCCUCAGCUCCCAGUCCUCCAGUCUGAGAGACCUGGACCUGAGUAACAACAGCCUGCAGGAUUCAGGAGUGAAGCUGCUAUCUACUGGACUAAAGAGUCCACAUUGCAGACUGCAAACUCUCAAUCUGUCUGGUUGUUUGGUCACAGAGGAAGGCUGUUCUUCUCUGGCCUCAGCUCUGAGCUGGUCCUGUCUGACAGAGCUGGACCUGAGCUACAAUCAUCCAGGAGAACGAGGAGAGAAACUACUGUCUGCUCUACAGGAGGAUCCAGACUGCAGACUGGAGACACUGAGACUGGACCAUGGGGGACGGCACAGACUGAAACCAGGUCUAAAGAAGUAUGCCUGUGAGCUGGAAGUGGACACAAACACAGUGAACAAAGGACUCAGACUGUCUGACAACAACAGGACGGUGACACAUGUGAUGAAGGAUCAGUCAUAUCCUGAUCAUCCAGACAGAUUUGAUAAAUGUCGUCAGCUGCUGUGUCAGACUGGUCUGACUGGUCACUGUUACUGGGAGGUCGAGUGGAGAGGUGAGGUUAAUGUAUCUGUGAGUUACAGAGGAAUCAGACGAAGAGGAGACGGAGAUGAAUGUGUGUUUGGAUCUAAUGAUCAGUCCUGGAGUCUGAGCUGCUCUCAUCGUGGUUGCUCUGUCCGCCACAAUAACAGAGAAUUAAAAAUCUCCUCCUCCUCCUCCUCUUCAUCCUCUGGUAGAGUAGCGGUGUAUCUGGACCAUCCUGCUGGCUCUCUGUCCUUCUACAGUGUCUCCUCUGACAGACUGUUCCACCUUCACACCUUCAACACCACAUUCACUGAACUGCUCUAUCCUGGGUUUGGGUUUACAUUCUCAGUUCUAAUUCCCUCAGUGUCUCUGUGUUCUCUGUAGCUCAAACUCUGCUGUCUGAAUCCAAAACUUACCCCCAAAUUUCCAUAUACAGCGUGCGCGCCGCAGAAUGCUGGCUAAUCGUUCUGCAGAGCACUUCGCUUCCUCUGUAAUCUAUCAGAGCAUUUCCAUAGCCGGCGCUCUAGACCGGCAGUGGCGCGUGCCUGGAGCGGCACUUCUCUCCGCUUCGCUUCAGAUAUGCUGCAGGUCUAUUUCAGCGCCGACCGCUGCCAAACCUCGGAAAUUCACUGUUGUUCAGAAAGCACUAACCAUGGAAGUCACAAGAGUAGAACAUCCGGUUCUUUCAAAAUAAAACGCAAUGACUCCCAGUCGUAAAUCAUCACUAUAUCAACAUUACGUCUCAUCCUGCAGCGAGAGCCAAGGGCCACAGAGA